AUGGGCCAGGUUAUUCUUAUUACAGGAGCAAAUCGAGGCCUUACGGCACACUACCUUAGGGGGACGGACACCAGUGUCAUUGCAGCCAUCCGAGAUGUCUCAGCUGAGAACACAAAAGAACUACGUUCUUUGCAAAAGGGCCCUGGCUCCCAGUUGAUUCCCGUGUCGCUCAGCCUCGACGUCCCAUCGAGCGCCACCGACGCAAUUGCCGAAAUACAAACGCAGCAUCACAUUGAACACAUUGACAUUGUCCUUUCCAAUGCAGGAAUUUGCAACCACUGGGGCCCUGUGGCGGACAUGACUGACGCGGACAUGCUUUCCCACUUAGAAGUGAAUGCCCUUGGACCACUGAGACUGUUCAGGGCCACAGCGCCAUUGUUACAGAACGCCAGUCAGCCCAAGUUUGUCUACACCUCUACUUUAUUGGCAAGCCUUGAUGGGAUCGAACGCCUUCCAUCCUUGGCCACGGCUUAUGGAAUGUCCAAGGUAGCGGGUAAUUACCUGGUCAGAAAGAUUGAUGCAGAGCACAAGAACCUGAUCGCUUUAUGCGUCGACCCUGGACUUGUCCAAACAGACAUGGGUAGUCGUAAUGCACAAUCCAUUGGAUUAGAAAAGGCUCCAUUGGCCGUUCAGGAGAGCGUCCAAGGAAUUAUCAAGCAGAUCAAUGAGGCACAAAAGUCAACUACAUCUGGUCAAUUUGUUAACUACCUCGGCGAGAGGGUACCCUGGUAG